UUGUGCUACGUGUCAGGAAGCAGCGUUGUGUUCAACAUGGCGGCGCAACAGACUGAUGUUGACGAGCUGUUCGAUGUGAAAAAUGCCUUUUACAUCGGCAGCUAUCAACAAUGUAUCAACGAAGCCCAGAAGGUUAAGAAUUCAACACCGGAAAAAGAGACGGAAAGGGACACUUUCUUGUACAGAGCUUACAUUGCCCAGAAAAAGUAUGCUGUCGUCAUGGAUGACAUCAAGGCCAACUCUGCACCUGAGCUUCAAGCUGUCAGGAUGUUUGCAGAAUAUAUGUCAAGUGAAAGCAAACGUGAUGCCAUUGUGGAGGAUCUCGACAAGAAAAUGGCAAAGAGUGUGGAUGCUGCAAACACCACGUUCCUCCUCAUGGCGGCUUCCAUCUACCACCAUGCGGCGAACACUGAUGCUGCUCUCAGGACUCUGCAUCAAGGGGAAAGCCUGGAGUGCAUGGCCAUGACAAUUCAGGUGCUGCUGAGUCUUGAUCGUGUUGACUUGGCGAGGAAGGAGCUGAAGAAGAUGCAGGAGCAAGAUGAGGAUGCAACACUAACCCAGCUAGCCACUGCUUGGGUUAAUUUGGCGGUGGGUGGAGAGAAACUGCAAGACGCCUACUACAUUUUCCAGGAGAUGUCAGACAAGUACUCCUCGACGCUGCUGCUUCUCAAUGGGCAGGCGGCCUGCUACAUGGCUCAGAACAAGUGGGAGGAGGCCGAGGGAGUGCUUCAGGAGGCACUCGAUAAGGACAGCAGCCACCCUGAGACGUUGAUCAACCUGGUAGUGCUGACUCAGCACCUUGGAAAAGCCCCCGAGGUGACUAAUCGGUACCUCUCUCAACUCAAAGAUGCACACCGGGCCCAUCCAUUCCUCAAAGACUAUUUUUCCAAGGAGAAUGAGUUUGACAGGCUAGCGAUGCAGUACACUCCCACCGCCACAGCGUAAUGGCCUUCAAGUUAACCGUCUACUUUUCACACUGUCUUCAACAUGCAAACCCGGAUUUAUUUUGAUGUUUUAUGUGAAAAAAAUGUGUCGAAAUGAAACCUACACAACCAGGCAAAUGGAAGUUCCUGUAUUCAUUCUAAAACACAAUUACUGUUUUUCCAAUGUGUUAGAAAUUCUUCCAAAAAUUAUAAUUGGUCACUGUCAGAGGGGUAUUACUUUUAACAAUGUUUAUUUUUGCAGUUGUAGUUUGCAGUGAUGUAGGGGAAAUCACCUUCGGCGCUCCACAUCAAGAGUGAAAAUUGUAAAAUACUACUUUCUAGGGCAGUAUUUCACAACCUUUAUUGAGCCAAGGCACAUUGUAUUAUAAAAGUCCAACAGAUCACUAGAGUACCAAACAACAACAAAAAAAAAAGUCACCAGAAGUGGUUACCAUCCAGUGAAAGAUCAUUUAAUUUUUCUGCACCUAGCUUGACAAACGAUGAAAAAAAGAUAAAUUAUGUGUAGUAAAUAAUUGUCAGCAUAAUUUUUAGCAGCGCUGAUGGCCCAUAGUUUGAGAAUGUGUUUUUUCCUCAUCUGCCAAAUCACUUUGAUGUCUCUGUUGUUGAACUGCACUACGUCAUAAUAUCCGUACCUAAUUCGCUUGGGUUAUCGGAUUUAGCUACGGUACAGUUAGAAAAUAUUGGAAACUGCGCUCAAGAAUAACUGUACUGUUCGACACCACUGCAAACCACAACCACGUCAAUAAACAUGUUGAAAUCCAUAGCAGACUGCAAAAAAAAAAACCCAAAAAACAUUUCUGGAUGCCAUAAUGCCAGUGUACAGCAAAUGGUCACUUGCGUAGAACAUGAACAUUUCUCAUGUUUAUAAUUAAAGUCACUUUGAUGUAACAUUCCUUUGUAGUUCUAAUAAAAGCUCAACAUGUAC